AUGACCGUGCCUGGUUUGAAUGAAAGUGAUGUCGGAGCUGAAGAAAAUGAUAAUCUUGACUUUGUGCCCAUGGAUUGGCUAGCGGGUGAUUUAAAUGCGUGGCUGGAUGAAGACUCGGAUCUGAUGAGUAAGCACGGCAUUGAGGAGCACUUAGCAGACAAGUCAAUCAUCAAUGGCUGCAUUAACUAG